GUACCGAAAGCCGCUUACACGGUAGCGGGGCCGGCCGCAACGCAGGACGGAUAUAGCCUCUUGCGUCAGCGGCCAGAACUGACCGCAUCGGCGCGGACGGACGUUCGGCAUACCGGUCGCAUCAAAGGCAGCCACCGCUCAGCGGCAAGAGGUAACCCCCUCCAUCGGCGUUCCUGGCCGGCCGUGGAAUCCCAAGCUGCUUCUAGCGACGGCGGCGCCGAAUACGUGCUGCGUAGUGCCGAGCGGCUUCGCGUACUGAGGGAAAGGGAGGCCCUUUUCUACUGCAACCUCCUUGGUCCGGCAAGGCCCGACAAAAGCGUGAGCAACGGCAGCAGCGGCGCAGCCGUGGACGAAGCGAAGGGUAACUGGCCAAACCAGUCCUCCUGGCAUGGGGGAGGCUACCUGGCCAGCCAGCAAGCAAAGCCGCCAUAUUGAGGGGGAAGCCACCUCCUCGCUGGUGUCGGCACGCGCCCUCUCUUCCUCCUUUGUGCCGCUCGCAGCGUAGUGGCGGCGACGGUGGCGUUUAAUCCCGAGUGUGAGUUCACGGCGGUGUGGUGGUGCGUCUCGGUUCCCCUCCAGCUGUCGCUGUCCUUCGCCCGUUCCGCGCCAGCGUGCCAUCGCAGCCGUCGCGUUCUUCGGCGGCGACGAAGGUUCAACUGCGCCGUGCGCGAGCGACCGAGCUUCGACUUGUGCGCAAGACCUUGGCCGCCGUUGCGGGCAAGCAUUCCGCCGUCGUUUGGGAUUGUGUGCGAUGAGGCAGCAGCGGCGGUGAGGAAGGAAGAAGACGACGCCGCCGUCCCACGAUUGUGCGGUGUGCCCACCCGGCGAGCGGCAACGUGAGGGACGGUUCGUGUGCGGUGAGCAGAAGCAGUCAAGACGGCGGCGCUUAAGCCUAAAGCGAUCGAAGCGGGCGCGAUCAUGGAGCCCAAGUACGAGUACGCGAGCGAACUGAACCUCUACCAGGCCAACUACAUGCGCAACUCGAAGGCCAUCGGCGUGCUGUGGGCCGUGUUCACCAUCUGCUUCGCCAUCAUCAACGUGGUGGUGUUCAUCCAGCCGCACUGGCUCGGCGACACCAAGGAGUCGCGCGGCACGGGCCACUUCGGCCUGUGGCAGUACUGCCACCUGAUCCAGGACGGCCAAGACGUAACGUGCCAGGGCCGACUGGACGACUUCAGCUCGAUCCCGUCGGCGGCUUUCCGCGCGGCCACGGUGUUCGUCGGAUUAUCGGUUGUCAUGGUGUUGUUGUGCAUCUGCUGCAUGCUGCUCUUCUUCGUGUUCCACUCGUCCACUGUGUUCCACAUCUGUGGCUGGAUGCAGGUCUUCUGCGCUGUGUGCAUGGUGAUCGGCGUGUUGACAUUCCCGGCCGGCUGGGACGUGUCCGUGGUGCGAGACGUGUGCGGGCCCGAGGCCGGCGACUACGACCCGGGCCAGUGCGGCAUCCGCUGGGCCUACAUCCUCGCCGUCAUCGGCGUCGCCGACUGCGUCGUCCUGGCGGCGCUCGCCUUCGUGCUGGGCACGCGAUACGUCAAACUGCUGCCCGACCAGUACAUCUCCAACGGAUCCGUCUACAAGGGAGAGGUGAACAGUGCCUUCAUGGCGGACAACCAGUCGACGGCGUCGCGCAAGUCCAUGAACCUGCAGCCCGUGAUGCUGAUGCCGCAGCCGGGUGGAGGACUGGCGCCGGCGCAGCACGACGCAGACAGGUUCUCGGAGUACUCGCACCGGACGACGCGCUCCAAGGGCGGUCAAAACGCCGCUCCAAACUACCGCUCCGAGUACUCCACGUCCAUGCACAACUUCCAGCUGUGAGGAGCUUCCGAAGACGCUCGUCGCGCCGUCGUCGGUGGUGACGAAAUAUAACUGGCGUGUCGGCGAGUGGGAAACCACUGAGCUCGAAAAGAAGAGGAACUGGGCGGCACGAGAAGAACUGUAUCAGUGAAUGACGGCGGUUUGCGGUAACCGCGGUUAAGGAUACCUGCUUAACAAGGGUAUUAUUCGGGGCCUUCCUGCACGAAGCAGCGCCAUCAACAAGAGUAACAUGUUCUUCUAGUAGUAUAAGCCGCCACGUGAUACGUACCGACUGCCUUGCAAAUGUGUUGUGUGCUUCUGUCCAGCAACUGAUUUGCGCAUUGGUGUCUUGUCUUCUGCUUCUGUCAUCACUUCUCGGUCCCGUCAAAACGAGAUCAUGGAGUAAAAGAAAAAAAAAUGAAAAAAAAAGCACACCUUCCUGCGGCCCUAAUCUGAAAGCAGAAGAAGACGGCUCUGUCCUUGUAGCAGCGUGACAACAGUAUAGCUUCGGCGUCGACGUGCUCAUCGGCAGAAGCGAAGGAAUCACUGCGUCAUGCGCGCUCUCAGGCGGCGAGCCGCUUUCGAUAUACUUGGCUAUUUCGUACAGGUUACUCGCAAGCCACGGCGCUGACUUAGCAAGAAGAGGCCCAGUCAUGGUAGCAGCGAUGACAGCAGCAGCUUCGUCAUCGACGUGCGCAUCGGUAGCGGCGAAAAAAAAAAAACCGCUGCGUCAUGCGUCGCAUCAUGCCGCGAGUCUCCUUCGACAUGCUUCGCCAUCUCGCAGCAGACGCUGAUUCAGCAAAAAAGACGGCCCUGUCCUGAUGGCAGCGUGACGGCAGCAGCUUCGGCGUUGACUUGUGCAUACGUCGGCAGCGGCAAUACAAUCGCUGUGUCAUGUGUGGUGUCGACCGCGAGUCUCCCUUUGACGUGCUUGGCAAUUUCUCGCCGUUCGACCGCAAUCCGCUUCGCUGACUCAGCACUAUGCUCGAUUGUGGUCCCGCGUAUGUCUUGAUUUCUUCCUCGCCCCGCCCCCAAGUGUGUUGAUUGUUGUGUUGCAGAAACUGCAAACCGCGAGUUUCCCCGUGCGCGCUGUCGGGCCACCAUGCCUCAGAACUAAAAGAAAAUGAGGCGUGGAAAUAGGAACUUGUACCGACUGCCCAUUCGCACGGCAUAUUCGUGUUUUGUCGGUUUUUCAGUGCUGCAAAGUAACAUGGAAAAUGAAUUUCAGUACGCAAGCAAGAGGAACGGCGCUCGCUCGCAAUCCACUUCCCGUUGGAUUGGCCCGUAGUGACGGAAGCCGCUGGCAGCAAUGAUAUUGUGGAAGUAACGGCCUAAAAUAUACCUUUAUAAAGCGUUAACUAGGCGUCUUAGAAAAAAGGAAUACGGAAACGACAAAAAAAAAGCGAGAACUUAGAGAAUGUUGAAUUGUGUAUGUGUUGACUGCUGUUCCUGUUAGUAAAUGAGUCUGGGAAAAUGAGGCGAAUUUUUCAAGUUUGGGUUGCUUUUGGAUUCAUAGGUAUGUGAAGGGGGAUCUGAAGAUGUUUGAUUUCUGAGCCGUGAUUCGCUGUACAUAAAAGCGAUGAACAAGAUUGAAUGUUCCACCUGAGUCUGUUCAAAGAACAAAAGAGGGGGAAAGAACAGCGUAUUUUAAUUUAAUGUGAUCAGAAUGGCAACAACCUCACUGCAGCAUGUCACUAGCGUAAAGGGAACCCCUACUCGCGAAAAGAGACUCAUCUGUGCUUUAGUCUCAGUUAAUACAUAGUAGGGGAUGCCUAAUUAUAAGAAUGAACAAUGUAUAGAACUGCUAUACAAGCGCUUUAGCUCUGCUUUCCAGUAUUUUUUUUUUUUUCGCUAUAUUUGCAAUGCGCGGCGGCAUCAUCCCAACUGUAAACUAUAAGCUAUAGCCCCGUGGUGACUUGUGACGACGAGUACUGAAAUUACCGAUUCUCAGACGUUGAGUUUAGCAGUGCUCGUGAAGUUUCCCACACUUCUACGAGAACGGAAAGGUGCAGGUCGAAAGGUAAGAAGUCGUGAAUGAAACAAGAAGCCAUCUCGCAACUGCCUCAGCUGCGACAACGACUGCCUGAGAACAAUUCUUGGAGCAGCAUCCAAACUCUUGGAGAAUCGCGCGCCCGCUAAUAGCGACAGUUCCAGACGCUAAUUCACAUUUGAAGUUAAACUCGUGAGUAUUCGUCUACAGACUUCACAAACCACACCGAAAGUGACGAGACCUUGUCCCCUGGCUCUGUUAUAGGGCUUCAGGAACACGCCAGGCACUUCAAAGCUCGCGGCAUUGACUCUAUAUAGGACUCUUCAACGGUACGGUUUCGGGCGAACAUACCCCUGAGCGCCAAUGUUUUCGGAGCGCGAGAUCCAGAAAUGUGUGUUGGCGGCGGCACGGCCGGCCUGAAAUCGAAAGGUGUGUCGAGUGCUUCCCUAAGCAACCCUGAAUUCUAUAGGCUGGGUUGAGGAUAUGCGAGAAAAUGUUUUGCGCAAUUUCCGUGUUCCGAAAACAUUUGCUGUAGGCUGUAAGCUCCACAGUGGUUCCAAUACGCGGCCUGACGUCGUAUCCGGUCACUCGUGCACUGGCUUCGCGCGUACGCUGAUUAUAGCAACUGCGAACGGUUGUAUACGAGUGUCUCGCAAAAAGGCAUGAAACGCAAGUGAAUGGGAAACGUCGGAAGUAAAUGCAUUGGUGAGAAGCAUGCGAGUCAUAGAUCGUUGUGUACCUCAACAUUUGUACACGCCUCUUCCUGUAAACACGAUUGUUAGGACUCCAGUAUACUGUGUUUCUUGUGUAGUUUCGUUUUCUGGCAUUCUCUAUAGCCGAGCCCACUUGAGCAAGCGGCGUUUUUGAAAACUUUUUUUUUAUGUGUUUUGCUGCAACGACACGUCAUUAGUGUUCACAGCGCGCUUGACUUUAAUGUGCCCUGAUAUAGACUUUGUGAACACAUAAUCCUGCUGUCUUGUACAGGGAAAGCUGAACUUCCGUGCUUAGACUUGUCACAUAUGUAAGACAGGUAAGUUUUAAAAAAUGAACUAGUAUAUUUUCGUGUGUGUGUGAGCGUCUGUACGAGAAUGCUUGUGCGUUGGUGCUGCUGAAGUAUUUAAGAAACACUGAUGUCCAGAAUUUUUUUAUUUUUGGUUAAAUGACACAAAUUAACACAUGCUGCAAGAGCUCUUACGCUCCAAUUCUUGCUUCCGUCGAGUACCGUUUCAAGCUAUAGAAACCGCUAGCUCAACUCUAGGCACGUGAAUAGGUUGACCUGAGAAACAAUUUUAAUGUAUAGUGAUGCUACGUUUAUGCCUAUUUUAACGCUACAUCGAAAUAAAAAAGCAAGACGCGACAGAGACUGUCAGCGAGGUGUGAUUAGCUACGCAAAUAUAUCAACAGUCAGCAAAAAAAAAAAAAGAUUAAAUCGCGCACUUGUGCAUCCUCCGCACUGAAGUAUGUAGCCUGCAGUUACGGACAAGUUCCAACAUGCUUAUUUAUUGCAGAUAUGAAAAUACUUGUAAGUACAGCCCAUACCCAAGGAUGAGUCAAGCCCAGAUCCUGUGAGUGCUAACUAAACGUGAUCAAAAAAAAGUUUAAAGCAGUAAACCGUCGUGAAGCGGGUAACUGCGCUAUACUUUUUUUUUUCUUGUUAGCCAGAAAGUUCAUGUCUAUUGCAGCAAUCCAUGCAGUGGGGUCAUGAUACCUCACUUUUUUUUUCCUUUUUUUUUUUUACUGAGACUGAAACGUUGAUUUUAUGUUAAUUGUAUUGUCAUCGCUUUUCUAUCUAUACAGUUUUUCUCUAAUCUUUUUUUCUUUCUCGAUGUGGUAGUAGCUGAGCGCACAUGUGUGUGGAUACUUCCUUGUCUCCGGCUACGUCUACCUUCUUGCGAAAGUAUGAGUGCAUCUUCUUGAGUAUCUGUCCACUGUAAAAUACCACAUCACAUUAUUGAACUGAAAACUUCAUCGCAAGACCACGACUAGAGCACACCAACGAGAAUAAGCUUUGCCAAACUUGAGUAUAUAUGAGACAGCGUAAACUCGGCGUGAACUGGUGCAUUGCAUCACUUUCACGUCCAAAUACGUGGCGUCUCACAGCGGCCGGUCUAGCUGCAAUGCAUUUGUGCCAGGAUAUAUGAACAUGGCAAAAAAAAAAAAAAGGGCCUUGAGCGUUCGGCAAGCGUGUUGGCGGAAAUGUGUAAACCAACGUGGCCAAAGAAUUGCGUUACGCAGUAGAUGUUUAUAUGCCCCAAGCAUGUUAAUCAUUUACUUUAUGUAGGUACUGCGUAGACCGAUAUGAACGGUGAACGAGUGAACACCUUGUACAACUCAACAAAACACACACAUGCGGAAGAUAAACGGAGAGAGGUACGAGACAAAUAACUGUUGUCGAUACCCCAACAGGUGUAUUUCUGGAGAAAAUGUGAAUUAAUAGUGACGUGAGUGUGCAGUUGUGCUUUUCUUUUUUUUAUCUGUGUACUAAUGUACUUCUGCGCUGUGUCCCUCGAAUUAAUAAAGUGAUCUUAUAGAGUGGAA